GUCAAAAGGAAAAAGACUUAAUUAAAAGAAUUCUGUGCCUGCCCUAGUCUGCCCUCUAACUGUGCCUCUAACACGAAAACAGCAACUAACAAGAACCGCAAACACGCGAUCGCAAAACGAACCACCAAUACAUGGUCAAAUAUCAACCAUUUUAAAAAAAUAAACACAGAAAAUGUCAAUUCUAAGGCCGUUCACCUGCGAUGAUAUGUUCAAAUUCAACAAUGUGAAUUUGGAUCCACUCACAGAAACAUAUGGACUGUCAUUCUACAUGCAGUACCUGGCCCAUUGGCCUGAGUAUUUUCAAGUCGCUGAAUCCCCAUCUGGAGAAAUUAUGGGUUAUAUUAUGGGAAAAGCCGAAGGUCACAGUGAAAAUUGGCACGGUCAUGUAACAGCUCUUACUGUUUCUCCUGAUUAUCGUAGGCUAGGACUAGCUGCAACAUUAAUGAAAUUCUUGGAAGGAGUAUCAGAAAAGAAGCAAGCCUACUUUGUCGACCUUUUUGUCAGAGUGAGUAACAAAGUCGCAAUAAAAAUGUAUCAGGAACUGGGAUAUAUUGUUUAUAGAACUGUUUUAGAGUACUACAGUGGUGAUCCAGAUGAAGAUGCUUAUGAUAUGCGGAAAGCUUUAUCAAGGGAUGUUAAAAAGAAGUCAGUUAUACCAUUAACACAUCCCGUAAGACCCGAUGAAGUUGAUUGAGUGACAAUUGUGAAAAAUGUAUAAUUCUUAUAUAACAGACAACAAUAAACGUAAUGUCUUAA